AUGCACACUCACUUCUUGCUUGCCUUGGGCCUUGUUGCCGGCUCUCCUCUGGUCCGCGCGGACAUGGAUGGCGGGUAUCUCAAGUCCAUGUUCAAAAGCCGCCUGCCCGUGCCAACGAGUUCAGAGUUUAUAGAUUCUCGCUUCUACUCGCUCUGGUCGUCUUUUCACAAGAUCUACCUUGAACAUUUGGCGUCAGCUACCAUGAGCAGCUCUGUUGCUGCUACUACUGUUGUUGUUACUACCACCAUCGAGCCGACUGAGCCAGUGUUUACCAUUGGCCCCGGGAGCCUCGUUCCCACGGCAUUUUCAGCAUCAGGGCCGAUCGAGACGGUUUCGUUCUCCACGACUGUCACUCAGUCCGUCUCUUCUUGCAACAGCACUUGCCCGUCCAUUACUGCUCCCCCUGUUCUUCCAGAAACCACUAGGGCUGUCCAGCCAUCGAAGAACGGCACCGCAGCAACAUCUACGGGAGGAGUAGAACCAGCUCCAGCUCCGAGAUCUACCAGCUCCAAGAGCCGUCCGUUUCCCAGCAAGACGCCGCCACCCUUGAACGGGCCCUUGAACGGCGCACCUACAAAUGCGGCUCCAGCGGUAGGCACUAUAAUUGUCGCCAUUGCCGGAUAUCUCAUGAUGCUCUAA